AUGUCCUCGAAUGAUCUCAGAAGACAUGACAGACCACCUUUCCUUCAAAUCGAUCCACCUCACCCAGCCGAUGUACCAUUCUAUUUACAUGAAAGACCAUAUUAUCCUUCACUUUAUCCGGAAUCUGUCGAUUACGAUUACGCACCUGCCGGAAUCGGAGGCAACGGCCUUGCUCCUGCUGGCGUGAUCGGUGGAGUUGGAGUGGCUCUGAAAGCACUCAAAGCCACAGCAGCUUUGAAAGGCCUCAAACUACUCGGAAUUCCUCUCGGACUCCUUGGCAUUGCAGCAUUGAGCGGGAUAAUUCCACCAACCGCAAUUGGAGGAAUCAAUCUGCCAUUUCAAGGCAAAAGAAAGAAGAGAAGUUUGCCAUUAUCAGAUGCAAGAUUAAGGAUGCCAUUGAAGUUCGAAGAGCACCUUUAUAAGAAACCCUUCACUAUAAAGAGAAAAACGAUUCUACGGUAAAUGAAGGAAUAGGACAUUUUCGAAGUUUUAUUGUAAAGUUCAUAC